AUGGAUGCAAAUGUCACAAUAGUUGAGGAUUCUUCGCAUACAGGAGACAAAGGUAAAACUUCAGACGUUAUCUCAGAUAUCAUUGUUUCUUUACCUCCACAACUCACACCUAUCAUUCCUACUACACCCACCACUGAUUCUCCUACCUUUGAACACAUUAUCAAACAACCAUUUACAUCUCUUUUUUCUUCGCAAUCCACUGAUCCACCUACCACAACUUCACCAAUUCAAGAUUCUUCUUUCAUGGAAACUGAACAUGAGUCCGAAGGUUUUAGAGGGACAUUUGAAAAUCUGGAGUUUGAUGAAGAAGAAACUGACUUCCCAGAUCACAUGCUCAUGACAAUGAAACAAUUCAAGUUAUUGAAUACAAAGCUCAAAUCAAUUCUUCAAUCUCAGGUUGAUCUUGGGGGAGGAAAUUCAGCAACCAGUCUAGAAGUAGAUGGUCUGUUAAAGAUGCUUGAAGGGAGGAUUCCUUUAAAGGUUUCAGGAAUGAUAAAGGAUUCUGAGUCUCGUCUCCUGGAGAAAAUUGAUCUUUGUGAUCAUAGUAAUGAGAUGAGGGUCAAUGCUCAGAAAUCUACUUUUGAAGGUGACCUGAAAGAAUUAAAACUGGUGGCAAAGGAACGACAUGUUUUAUAUGUUCAAGAUGUGAAGAAAGUGCGAAAAGAUGUGAAUUAUAAACUCUAA